GCCAGGUCCUUCUGUUUAGCGUUCUCCGCGGCCAGGGAGCCAGCAACCAUGUCGUUCCGGUGCCAGCAGGACAGCUACGCUCGAGAGUUCUGCACCACCGUGCUCUCUUGCCGCCCCGCAGAGCUGCAGACAGUUGGGAAAGGAGAUAGCAAGAAUCAGGAGAAGCUAAGCGGCUACCACGUGGUGUUGGAGGAUACGCUGCUCUUCCCUGAGGGCGGGGGUCAGCCUGAUGACCGAGGUUCCAUUGAUAACAUCCCCGUGCUCAGAGUGACCCGCCGGGGAGCUGAAGCUGAGCAUUUCUUGCUUACUCCCCUGGCACCAGGAAGCCAGGUCCAAGUGCAGCUGGACUGGGAUCGGAGGUUUGACCACAUGCAGCAGCAUUCAGGACAGCAUCUCAUCACAGCUGUGGCUGACCACCUGUUUGGGUUGAAGACGACAUCGUGGGAGUUAGGACGCUUUCGGAGCACGAUAGAGCUGGAUAGCCCCAUGGUCUUGCCAGAACAGGUAGUUGCUAUCGAGCAGAGCGUCAACGAGAAGAUCAGAGAUCGGCUGCCUGUGACUGUGACGGAACUGAGCCCGGAUGAUCCUGAGGUGAAGGUAAAGGCCUUGCGUUUGCCAGAUGACCAUGUGGGACCUAUCCGUGUCAUCACCAUUGAAGGUGUCGACUCCAAUAUGUGCUGUGGUACCCACGUGAGAAACCUCAGUGAUCUGCAGGUCAUUAAGAUCCUAGGUACAGAGAAGGGGAAAAAGAACAAGACCAACCUAGUCUUUCUAGCAGGGAACCGGGUGCUGAAGUGGAUGGAGAGAAGUCACGGAGCAGAAAAGGCCCUGACCGCAUUACUCAAGUGCGGAGUAGAAGAACACGCAGAGGCUGUUCAGAAACUGCAGAAUUCGGCCAAGCUGCUCCAGAAGAAUAAUGUCAAUCUACUCAGAGACCUGGCUAUUCUCACGGCUCACAGUCUUAGAGACAGCCCAGACAGGGGAGGAGUGAUUGUAUUACACAGGAAAGAUGGUGACUCUGAGUUUAUGAAUAUCAUUGCCAAUGAGAUUGGGAUAGAGGACACCCUUCUCUUCUUAACUGUGGGAGACGAGAAAGGUGCAGGGCUCUUCUUACUUGCGGGGCCAGUUGAGGCAGUGGAUAUGUUGGGCCCCAGGGUAGCUGAAUUGCUACAAGGCAAAGGAGCUGGGAAGAAGGGCCGCUUUCAGGGCAAGGCCACCAAACUCAGCCGGCGGGCAGAGGUGCAGGCCCUUCUCCAGGACUAUCUUAUCAGUCAGAGUGCUGAGGAAUAGCAACUCUUGCCCUUGUGUCUUUUCCUUAGAACCAGACAGCAUGUGGCCAUGAAAAAAUUUUGUUUUCUUCUAGACAAUAAAAUGAUUUUGUUGGAAUAUGGAA